GGGAGGAAAAACACCCUGAAGGGGCGGUCGAGGCUCUAAGGGAUGCGGACCGGGUUUGGCUUCCCUUCCCAGCUUUGCGGGGGACACGACAGAAGAAUCCAGUAGGGAGUUUUCUUCCGCCUGCCUCUUCCGGAAUGAGACCUCAGCGCCAGCGCGAGACGGUCCCCGUUCACCCCCGAGCGAACCCAAGGAGAGGCAGAAGCCGAGACGAUGCCCGGGAAACUGAAGGUGAAAAUCGUGGCCGGCCGCCAUUUGCCGGUGAUGGACCGUGCUAGUGACCUGACUGAUGCCUUCGUGGAGGUAAAAUUUGGUAAUACCACAUUUAAGACAGAUGUGUACCUCAAGUCUCUCAACCCCCAAUGGAACUCAGAAUGGUUUAAAUUUGAGGUGGAUGAUGAAGACCUGCAGGACGAGCCUCUGCAGAUCACAGUUCUUGACCAUGACACCUACAGUGCCAAUGAUGCCAUUGGGAAGGUGUACAUCGACAUUGACCCUUUACUGUAUAGUGAAGCUGCAACAGUCAUCUCAGGAUGGUUUCCAAUUUAUGAUACCAUACAUGGUAUCCGUGGGGAAAUCAAUGUAGUUGUCAAAGUAGAUCUCUUCAAUGAUUUAAAUCGGUUUCGACAGUCAUCGUGUGGAGUCAAAUUCUUUUGCACAACAUCUAUUCCAAAGUGCUAUAGAGCCGUGAUAAUUCAUGGGUUUGUAGAAGAACUUGUGGUGAAUGAAGACCCAGAGUAUCAGUGGAUUGAUCGAAUUCGCACACCAAGGGCAUCAAAUGAGGCGAGACAGAGACUCAUUUCUUUAAUGUCAGGUGAAUUGCAAAGGAAGAUUGGUCUGAAAGUCCUUGAAAUGAGAGGAAACGCAGUUGUCGGGUACUUGCAGUGUUUUGACCUGGAGGGCGAGUCUGGGUUAGUGGUACGAGCCAUAGGAACAGCGUGUACUUUGGAUAAAUUAAGUAGCCCGGCAGCAUUCCUUCCUGCAUGUAAUUCCCCAUCCAAAGAAAUGAAGGAGAUUCCCUUCAAUGAAGAUCCCAACCCCAAUACUCACUCAUCAGGACCCUCAACCCCUCUGAAAAACCAAACUUAUUCCUUUUCACCUUCCAAGUCCUACAGCCGACAGUCCUCUUCUUCUGACACAGAUUUGAGUUUGACACCCAAAACUGCACCUUACCCACAGGGACCUAGGAUGCACCUGGGCCCCAGCUCCCCCUCUCUCUCUAGUGGUUCCUUUCAUCUUAAAAAGUCCUGUCUCCUCCUCUCGGAAUCUAGCCUUGCCCCUCAUCAUUGUAGGCCUGUCAGCCCCGUUCUGAGGAAAAGUGUUUCUUUCAGUGAAGAGCUGUUCCUGGUUGCUUCUGGAAUGGGAAGUGGUAGUGCUGGAAAAGAAGGGGGGCCGUUUAAAGCCCUGUUGCGACAACAGACACAGUCCGCCCUGGAGCAGAGGGGAGGAUCGCCCCGUAGGUUCUGUAGAAGGCGGGAGUUUCCAUUUUUCACCCUGACGGCCUUUCCUCCUGGGUUUCUUGUUCACGUUGGAGGUGUUGUCAGUGCACGCUCGGUGAAGCUUUUGGAUCGUAUCCACAAUCCAGAUGAACCAGAAACUCGAGAUGCAUGGUGGGCAGAGAUCAGACAAGAAAUCAAAUCGCAUGCUAAAGCGUUAGGCUGUCAUGCUGUAGUGGGCUACAGCGAAUCCACUAGCAUCUGCGAAGAAGUCUGUAUUUUAUCUGCUUCCGGGACAGCGGCCGUGCUGAACCCCCGCUUUCUGCAGGAGGGCACCGUGGAGGGCUGUUUGGAACAAAGGCUUGAAGAAAAUGUGCCUGUUGGCUGUGGAUUUUGCCAUAUACCAUAUGAUGAACUGAAUAUGCCAUUUCCAGCUCAUCUCACAUAUUGCUAUAACUGUAGGAAACAAAAAGUUCCUGAUGUUCUGUUUACCACUAUAGACCUCCCGACAGAUGCAGCUGUUAUUGGAAAAGGUUGUCUCAUUCAAGCAAGAUUAUGUCGCUUAAAAAAGAAAGCACAGGCCGAAGCGAAUGCCACAGCCGUCAGUAAUCUCCUGCCGUUUAUGGAGUAUGAAGUGCACACCCAGCUGAUGAACAAACUAAAACUUAAAGGAAUGAACGCCUUGUUUGGGCUAAGAAUUCAGAUCACAGUGGGUGAAAAUAUGUUGAUGGGCUUAGCGUCUGCUACAGGUGUGUAUCUGGCAGCACUGCCUCCACCCGGCGGCAUCCAGAUUGCUGGGAAGACUCCAAAUGAUGGCACCUAUGAGCAGCACGUCUCUCACAUGCAGAAGAAGAUCAAUGACACGAUCGCCAAGAACAAAGAGCUGUAUGAAAUCAGUCCUCCUGAGAUAUCUGAAGAGAUUAUAGGAUCACCCAUCCCAGAACCUAGACAACGCUCAAGACUUUUACGAUCUCAAUCAGAGAGUUCUGAUGAAGUUACAGAAUUAGAUCUUUCACAUGGAAAAAAGGAUGCUUUUGUUUUGGAGAUCGAUGACACGGAUGCCAUGGAGGAUGUCCACUCCCUGCUGACAGAUGUCCCGCCGCCCUCAGGCUUUUACAGUUGUAAUACAGAAAUAAUGCCUGGUAUAAAUAAUUGGACAUCUGAAAUACAGAUGUUUACAUCAGUAAGAGUAAUCAGAUUAAGCAGCCUUAACCUGACCAAUCAAGCUCUCAAUAAGAACUUUAAUGAUCUCUGUGAAAAUUUGCUCAAGAGCCUAUAUUUUAAACUGCGGUCCAUGAUCCCCUGUUGCCUUUGCCAUGUAAAUUUUACAGUAUCUCUGCCUGAAGAUGAAUUAAUUCAGGUUACAGUCACAGCAGUUGCAAUAACUUUUGACAAAAACCAGGCAUUACAAACCACAAAAACACAUGCUGAAAAGUCAUUGCAAAGAGCCUCUACGGAUAAUGAAGACCUUCUGCAGUUUCCACUGGAGCUCUGUUCAGAUUCACUUCCUUCGCAUCCUUUUCCACCGGCAAAAGAACACCUGGAGAGUGCAAGUUCUAACUCAGGUAUACCAGCUGCACAGAGAGCAACGUCAGUUGAUUACAGUUCCUUUGCAGACAGAUGCAGCAGCUGGAUAGAGCUCAUUAAACUGAAAGCUCAGACCAUAAGGCGCGGAUCAAUUAAGACAACUGUGACAGUUGAAAAAGCAAGUCCAAUGGGAGAAGGAAAUUUCCAGAAUCGCUCUGCCCCACCAUGUGCAAACUCCACAGUUGGGGUUGUUAAGAUGACACCACUUUCCUUCAUUCCUGGAGCAAAAAUAACUAAGUAUCUUGGGAUAAUUAACAUGUUUUUUAUUCGGGAAACCACUUCUCUUCGUGAGGAAGGAGGCGUCAGUGGUUUUCUCCAUGCAUUUAUUGCGGAGGUGUUCGCGAUGGUGAGAGCCCACGUUGCAGCGUUAGGAGGGAAUGCUGUUGUCUCCUACAUAAUGAAGCAGUGUGUUUUCAUGGAGAACCCAAAUAAAAACCAGGCACAGUGUCUCAUAAAUGUGAGUGGGGACGCAGUGGUUUUCGUUCGUGAAUCUGCCUUGGAAGUGAUACCCACUCAGCAGUCCACUGCCAACUGCCCGCCAUUAUGCACUGGAGGAGAAGUUACAACCUGAAGAAAAUUAGAAGGAAUGAGCUGAACUAAGUGAAACUCAUCGCUCUCCACUGUUCUAUCCUUAGUAUCUACACGUUUUUUUAAAGUUUGAGUUUAAUUUGAGGCGAUUAAGAAAGAACAGACACUUAAUGAAUAGAUGCGAUCUGUCUGGAAUCUCUUGGAGGCCUGAGAAUGUCCUAAUUCUUAGAUGGGCUCCAUGGAAUCCUGACCUGGCUCGAAGUAACAUACAUUUCUAAAAGAACUGUAACAAAGAUGUCGGAAGUUACUAGUAAUUUAUUCUGAUUUUAAUAAAAUCAUAAUUUAAAAUGUAAAGAUUGUCAGGAAACGAAAGAAUGAUCCUAGUAUAAUUUGGAAAAAUCAAUUCAAGCCUUGCUAAUUAGUAGAUAGUCUGAUAAGAAGUGUGGGAACAGUUGUGAAGAGGUUUCAGAAAACCACUGUCGGUUUGCUAAUGUGUUUUGUUCUCAUGAGAAUUUGGUAACAACUGAGGGGACAGUACAUGUGGCGUUGUUUACAAAGAAGCUAAAACUCUGCAGUUAACAUCCCUAAGACAUCCUGAGUACAAUAAAAGAGAAAGCGAUUUU